AUGCAGCCUCGUCUGCCGUCGGAGUGGCUAUCAGAAAUUGGAGCUGAUUUGAGCGAAAAACGCUGCUCUGCUUCUGCUACUGCCAGUGCCACUGCUGCUACGGCGACCUGGGCUCUGACAGUCAGUCUGUGUAAAAACGGCGUGCAAUUCGGAGCCAAGAGCACGGCAGCCCUUGCGAAGUCCACGUAUAUUCCAAACGAGAUGAAGCGCAACCAGAUUUUCAGAGGUGGCUACGUAGAGCAGGGCUUGUCACGCUCUUCUGAGUACCGCAAGGUGAUGAAGCCGCUGCUAGAGCGCAAGCGUCGUGCGCGCAUCAACAACUCCCUGGACGAGCUAAAGAUUAUUAUUUCGGAUCUAGCUCACAUGGUAGGUAGCCUUGGUUCUAGGUCCCAGCCUAGGUGUAAGGAUCCUAGUCUAGAACAGUCCCAGCUGACCAUUCUCCAUUCUUCAACUGCGUAGGAGACCACAGGGCUGAAUAAGCUGGAGA